GUAAACGUUUACUAUACUUGGUCUUUGGAGUAAACUGCUUUCUUAGUCUACGAUAUUUUUAAUUCUUGUAACUAAUGUUUUAUGUUUUAAACUUUUAACCAACUUAUAACCUUCACAUUCAAAUCAUUUCUGAUUUCAGUUCACUUUUAUCAAUAAAAAUAUUAUUUAAAAUUUUUAUAAGUUCACCCUAUAUUUUGUAAAGUCAGUUGUUGAUAUUGUUUAACUAUGACGGAAGAAAACAAAGCUACUAAGGAAAGAGUAUCCUCAGAAAUUGGAGAUCGGAGCAAUCAGAGUUUUUUAGGUGAUCCAUUAUCAGCUAAACAUGCAGUUGAAAUGUUACUUAAUGAUACAUUGCAGUAUAAUGUCUGUAGAUAUUGCCUACAUGUAACAACUUAUCUAAGAGAGUUGGAUGAAAUAUUGACGAUGGGGGGCAAGGAUGCUUUUUUUGAAGUUACAAUAAACGAUAUAAUAGCGAGCGUUCAUCCUUUUAAGGUGAACAGUAAAACCAAUGUCCUAAACAAGAUAUGCAAUAUGUGUUUGGAUAAAGCUAUCUCAUGUUAUCUUUUUGCACAGCAAUGUGAACAGUCUGAAAGAGCAUUGCGAAACUAUUUUGAAGAAAUUAUUGAUAAAUUUAAUAAGUUGGACCCCAUAGAACCUGUAAAGAAAAGAGGAAAAAGAAAGAUAAACCCCAAUUAUAAUAUUCUAUUUGUGGAACAUGAGAAUGUUAUAGAUUUUGCAGAGCCUAUUAUUAAUAUUGUUAAUUUAAAUGCAGUGCCUAAUGAGCAAGAUACAAUAAAUGAUUUAGAGUGUUCUAAGUGUUGGCAAGUUCUACCAAAUACAAUUUCAUUGUUGAAUCAUGAGAAGUCACACCCAAAGUCAAUGUGGUAUCACUGUAGGCUAUGUGGCAAGUCAUUUGUCAGAAUUCAUCAAUAUAAGAGACAUAUACGAAAUUGCCACAUUAGCAAUGAAAUAAAUGUUCCGGAGAAAAAGUUUAAAUGCAAUGAGUGUGGUAUCAUGAAUGAGCAGUUUAGUAUACAUUUGCAACAUGUGGAAAAACACAAAUUCAAAUCAGUUUUUGAAUGUUUAAUAAAACAAAAUCUUAAAUGCAUCUGUAUGAUAUGCUUUGGAAAAGAGGAAACUUUAAUAGAUUUAAAUGAGUCAAUGCAUUUCCAUGGUGGUUAUAAGGAGUUAAGUGGCGAAAGGAGCAUCUCUAGUAUCUUGACAAGAGUGUUGCCAAAUAAUAAUGUUAACAGAUAUCAAGAUCUACUAAUACCCUUAUUACCGGUAUUAAAACGUAAAAUCAAUGACACAGACAAAUAUGUUGUCAAGAAAAUGAAAUUAACAAAGAAUUUGGAGAUUUUUUCACAACAAAUCAUAAUAUGCACAUUUCAUUUUGACAUUUCAUGUGUAUAUGAAUUGUCUAGACCAGACUAUUCUGUACGGUCAUCAAGCAAUUGUGAAAUCUAUGAAGUACUGAAUACAGUUAGAUCUUUUAAAUCUUUUUUUUAUUCUAACCCAAUUAAUGCUAUAACAUCAAAUCUAACAAUUAAAAACAUUAAUGGCUUUUUCAGGAUGGUUGAGUGGAUAGUUUCCUACACAGAACAGAAAUAA